AUGGCGGACAGAGACAGCGGCAGCGAGCAGGGCGGCGGCGGCGGGGGCGCGGCGGGCGCCGGGGGGCCGGGCGCGGGCGGCGGCGGCCCGGGCGGCGGCGGCGGCGGCGGCGGCGGGGGCCCGGGCGGCGGGCUGCAGCACGAGACGCAGGAGCUGGCCUCCAAGCGGGUGGACAUCCAGAACAAGCGCUUCUACCUGGACGUGAAGCAGAACGCCAAGGGCCGCUUCCUCAAGAUCGCCGAGGUGGGCGCGGGCGGCAACAAGAGCCGCCUGACCCUCUCCAUGUCCGUGGCCGUCGAGUUCCGCGACUACCUGGGCGACUUCAUCGAGCACUACGCGCAGCUGGGGCCCAGCCAGCCCCCCGAGCUGGCGCAGGCGGCCGACGAGCCCCGGCGGGCGCUGAAGAGCGAGUUCCUGGUGCGGGAGAACCGCAAGUACUACAUGGAUCUGAAGGAGAACCAGCGCGGGCGCUUCCUGCGCGUCCGCCAGACCGUGAACCGCGGCCCGGGGCUGGGCUCCACGCAGGGCCAGACCAUCGCGCUGCCCGCACAGGGCCUCAUCGAGUUCCGCGACGCCCUGGCCAAGCUCAUCGACGACUACGGCGUGGAGGAGGAGCCGGCCGAGCUGCCCGAGGGCACCUCCUUGACUGUGGACAACAAGCGUUUCUUCUUCGACGUGGGUUCCAACAAGUACGGCGUGUUCAUGCGGGUGAGCGAGGUGAAGCCCACCUACCGCAACUCCAUCACCGUCCCCUACAAGGUCUGGGCCAAGUUCGGCCACACCUUCUGCAAGUACUCGGACGAGAUGAAGAAGAUCCAGGAGAAGCAGCGGGACAAGCGCGCCGCCGCCGCCGCCGCCCCCGCCGUGGGCGCCGAGCCGCCCCCCGAGGCCGAGGCGGCCGCCGCCGGGCCGCCCGGCGCGCUGCUGCAGGCCGAGGAGCCCGAGGAGGACUGA